GUCCAGGACAAGUUGCUGGUGAUAUUCACUCCUAGGAACUUAAAGCUUUCAACCAUCUUUACUUUAGUGCCGUCAAUACCACUUCACUUUCUGAAGUCGUUCACCAUCUCCUUUGUCUUGCUGACAUUGAGAGAAAAGUUGUUGCUUUGACACCAGCUCAGUACAUUCCCAUUCUCAUUCCGGCACAUUAUUUGAUGUCUGCUUUUUUUUUUUAAACAAUGAUGCCCAUUACUUUGAUACACUUUCUAGAGAAGUUUAAAGGGGAGAGGGAAUUGGGAAUUAGGUGAAUGGAUGGGAAUGUGGAAACUAGGCCAGAGAUGGAGUUGAAUGAAGCAUGUGAGUGGAAUGAAAUAUGGGAAUAAGUGACCUAAGUGGAGUAUGGGAGUAAGUGCCCUAGAGAAUGGAAGCAAAGUGGAACUGGACUCCAGUGAGUGGGAUGGAGCGUAGGAACUGGGCCCCAGUGAGGGGAAUGGAAUAUGAGAAUCUACCCGAGUGGAAGCUGGAGGCUCUGGUGAGUGGGAUGGAGUAUAGGAAGAAGUGCCCUAUUGAAUUUGAGGUGGUGUGGGAAUUGGGCUAGAGUGAGUGGAAUAGAUCGGGUAGAUGCAGAGUCUCUUGCCCAGAGUAGAGGAAUUGAGGACCAAAGGAAAUAGGUUCAAGGCUAAGGGGCAAAGAUUUAAUAGGAAUCUGAGGAGUAACUUUUUCACACGUAGGGUGGUGGAUGAGUGGAACAAUCUGCCAGAAGAGGUAGUUGAGGCUGGGAUUAUCCCAACGUUUAAGAAACAGUUAGACAGGUCCAUGGAUAGGACAGGUUUGGAGGGAUAUGGACCAAGCGCAGGCAGAUGGGACUAGUGUAGCUGGGACAUGUUGGCCGGCGGUUUGGGCAAGUUGGGCCGAAGGGCCUGCUUCCACACUGCGUCACUCUAUGAAUGAAAGUGACAGCAGCAAACAUCACUUCAUGAGCCAGAUGCAAAACCCUUGGGUUUUCUGAGUCCCUAAUAGCAGAUGAUUGGUGUUUUAUUGUUAUUGUAUAUAAUUCUUAGCUUUAAAUAAAAUAAUUUAAAUAUCAUAAGUGGCUUAACCGUAGUGCAGCUCCCAAGAAAGGAAAUGUUGGUGAUACUGGGGUAACCCACUAUCCAUUGCCUAUGAAUGAGUACCUUUGCUCAGAGGAGUUAGUGAUGCUUGCUACUCCCUCCGACGAGGGCUCCCUGCGGGAAGACUCGACGCUGCUGCUUCUGGCGGCCGCGCAGACUCAGAGCUGCUGCCAUUUAGUUCCCGAGCCGUCCGUGGUGCUUGGACCUUUGGCGCAGGCGCAGUGCUGCCGGCCGGCCGUUGGUUCCCUCGCCCGGGCCUCCGGCGCAGGCGCGCUGCUACCGGCAGUUGGUCGUCGCUCAGUCCGUGGCGAUCGGACGGCGCAAUAAACUCGAGGACCCGUCGCCUGUCAGCCUCUCGGAAUCACUUCGCUGGUUAACGUUGGCCAUGAGCCUGGACAAUUUAUUCGAGGAGAUCCUCGUGACCGAACAGAAGGCUUUGGAAAAAAGACAGUUUCUUCACAGCGUGAAAUCAGAAAUUAUUAGAUGCAAUGAAAAGCUCAGGGAUGUCACAGAGAAUUUACAUAAAAACAAAAUAACACUGGAAUCAAAGGUAAAGGAUCUUUCAGAAGAAUAUUUCCAUUUGGAUCUGCUGAAGAAGCAGGAAGAGGGCCUGAAGAAACAACGGGAGGAGAUGGUUAAAGAGAAUAAUAUCUACUUAGAAAAUCUAGAGGAGAAGAAAAGAAAAAACACAGAGGAAAGGAAAACAUUUGUUAAAGAGAUAUCAGAAUUCAAUGCUGCAUAUGACCUAUUGAGCAACAGAAUAAUAACAAUUGAAGUAAAUGCCAAGUCAGAAAUAUUUGACUUAGAAACAGAAGCUAAAUAUCUGCAGAAUGAUAUGAAAAACAUGGAACAAAAAAAUAUUCAGCUAAACGUUCUCCAACAACAGAAAAAUGAAUUAAAAGGAGAACUUCUGCAACUUCAGAACAAAUUACAAGGUCUUGAAGAUGAGAUUACUAGAGUAGCUUUUAACACAAAGCUUUUGGAACCUAUUCCUAGGGUCGAGGAUUCUCCCAUACUCACCUUGGAGUUUCGUGCUCUCAAGACCUGCUCUUCCAAGACUAAUACGAAUCAACACAAACAAAUAGCUACUCGAUCACAGCCUGUCCCUGGUGGCUCGCAGCACCUUCUCGCAUGGCACGUCGACCCUGGAACGGGACGCUGCACACAUCAUGGUAACAAGGCCCACGAAGAGUUCUACGCACGAGCUUGGGAACUUGGCUUGUGUAAUGCGUCGGCUCACUGA